AUGGCAAUUCAUACCAAGGACAGGUAUGAUGUUCCAAAAGGCCACUUUGCAGUUUAUGUUGGAGAAUUAAGUAGCAAGAAAAGGUUUGUGAUUCCAAUAUCAUACUUGAACUAUCCUCUGUUCCAAGACUUGCUAAACCUUGCUGAGGAGGAAUUUAGAUAUGAUCAUCCUAUGGGCGGCCUCACAAUUCCUUGCAGUGGAGAAUACUUCAUCUCUAAAUUUCUCAUAAAUAAAUGA